AUGGGCAGUCGAGCUUUUUCCCAUGACAGUAUUUUUAUACCCGAUGGGAGAACAGAGAGUGAACAGGCCACUCAAGCAAUGUCACAGGAGAACGUUUUAGGAAAAGUCAAAACUCUUCAGCAACAGUUGGCCAAGAAUAUAAAAUUUGGGCAGCCUCCGCAAAUGACAGUUCCUGUGAGGACAGUGGGAGAGGCAAAUGCUAGUAUAGAAGAGGAUGUGUUGCUGAGUAGCCCCAUGGAGAUUGAUACUCAGCAGGACACAGUGAUCUCAGACAGUGGUAAUAAAUCCACUGAUAUUCCACAUUUGUUGAGAACAAUGACUUUGCCUGAAACAAGACAUGAAAUGGAAGAAAAGGUCACUCCAGUCAAAUCAUCUCGGCCAAAAAGACAAUUUUCCUGUUCUGGCACAAUUGAAACAAUCAAUUUGGAUGCAGUUCCCCAGGCUGUUGCUCGUUUGGACAACAGUGCAGCUAAGCACAAGCUGGCAGUGAAGCCAAAAAAGCAGAGGAUGUCAAGAAAGCACAAGAGAUUAACGAAGGGAUCACAAAGUUUAACUAUAACAGAAUUUGAGCCAGAUGACCUAGAUACCGAGCUGUGUGGAGACAGAUACCCAGGUUAUAAUGGACACAUCAUAGCAGACAAACUAAUCCAGAACAGAGAUGAGCACAAGCAGCUUCAGAUGGCAGAGGAGAAAAGAAUUGAAGAUCAUUGGGGGAUCUUUGAGGCUGAGAGGAUAAGGCAGAUCGUAGAAAUGGAAGAACAAAGAGAAAUGGAAGAACAAAGGUGCCAAGAACUUGAGCAGAUGCAGAAAGAGCAGGAGAGAAAGCGUGAAGAAGAGAGGAGACAGCAUCUCCUUGAAGGAGGGACAUCUUUGAAAACAGAAGAGCAGACAUGCCAUAAAGAGGAGAGAAGACUGCUGGAAGCUGAACAGAGGCAAGAGCUGGAGGAACAGAGGCACCUGGAACUGGAGAAGCAGAAUCAAAAGGAGGUGGAGGAGCAACAGGGACAAGAGCUGGAGGAGCAGAAGCAGGAAUGGAAGGAGCAGCAGAGACAAGAGCUGGAGGAGCAGAAGCAGGAAUGGAAGGAGCAGCAGAGACAAGAGCUGGAGGAGCAGAAGCAGGAAUGGAAGGAGCAGCAGAGAAAAGAGCUGGAGGAGCAGAAGCAGGAAUGGAAGGAGCAGCAGAGACAAGAGCUGGAGGAGCAGAAGCAGGAAUGGAAGGAGCAGCAGAGACAAGAGCUGGAGGAGCAGAAGCAGGAAUGGAAGGAGCAACAGAGACAAGAGCUGGAGGAACGAGAGCUGGAGAAGCAGAAGCACCUGGAAUGUGAAGAACAAAGGCCUCAGAAGUUAGAGGAGCAGAAGCAUCAGGAAUGGGAAGAGCAGAGUCACAAGGAACAGGAAAAGCAACAGAGACGAGAGCUGGAGGAGAAGAGGCUAGAGCUGGAAGGAUUAAGGCAAAACAAGAUUGAAAAACAGUGUCAAGAGGAAGAAGAAAGAAAUUGGCAGGAGGAACAAGAAGAGCUCAAGGAACAAAAUAAGGAAGAAAAACAAAGACGGGAACUAGAAGAGAAAGAGCUUCAAGAAGCUGAAAUAAAACUGAAGCAGGAGAAAGAAGCUGAGAGGCUCAAACAACAAAAGAAACAGGAGGACCAACAGCAGAGCUUGAAGGAGAAAGGAGAAAAGACAGAGAAGGAACAAGCACAGCAAGUAAUAGAUAAGAAAAAGAAAUGGGAAGAGCAGAGAAAGCACAAGCUCACAAAACAAAUGCACUUGGAAAGCACAGACUGUAUGCCACAAGAUGAACUGAAGCUGCAAAAGAAGCAAAAUGAACAAGAAUGGAAUAAGCUGGAAGAGCAGAAGAUAGACACAGAAGGACAAGAUCUUCAGCAAAACCAACAAAUCAAAUCCUUGGAACAGCAACAGGACAAGGAUCAGUUGUGUUCUGGAGGGACUGAUGAUAGGCAUCUGGUAGAGGAGAAGCUGCAAGAGGAAUCAAGAUCCCAAAAACUCAAACAGCCAGAAAAAGGGAAUAAAACAGCAGAAGACAUCCUAGCCCAGAAACUGAAGAGAGAAGUUGAGGCUCAGGAACAGAAGCGGCUAGGGGAAGAACUUCGGUGGCAAGAGGUAGAUGAAAGACAAACUGCAUCUAGACCCUUCACAUUUCAAGUGUCUUCUGGAGAUAAACAGAUCAUAUUUCAGAAAGUAAAUUUGAGUCCAGUGAUGCCUGUCAAAGGAGCAGGGCUCUCUUCUCCAGCCAUCAAAGACUGCAGGAUGCACACUGCCAGCAAGGGCUCUCAUACCCUCCCGGCAUCCGUGUGUGUGCCCCAUACAGCCAUCUUGGUUACUGGAGCACAGCUGUGUGGCACAGCAGUUAACCUGAACCAGAUAAAGGACACAGCUUGUAAAUCCUUACUUGGCUUGACAGAGGAGAGAAAGAAUGUGGAUAUUCCUUCACCAGAGAAGGCCCAGAAAAAAACCCAGGGUGCCAAACCCAGCAGCAGUAAAAUGAAAUACGCACAGGAGACGUUGCACAGCCAGGCCGUGCUGGCCGAGUGGGCCUCGAUCCGCUCCAGGAUCCUCAAGAAUGCAGAGAACAGCAAAUACAAUGAGAGAGACCGAGUGAGCGUCUGCAGACACAGCGACGACUGGACACCCCGAGGACGGGGUGCUCCCCAUGGCAACUUGAGGAAAACCCUCUCUGCCAAUGCAAAGUUCUCAAUAACACCAGCAUGGCAGAAAUUUUCAGAAGCUUCAAAAAGCAGUUUGGAUGCUGAGAACGUAAGUGUGGCAAAAGGCAACGAAACGGUUCCUUUGGAGAGAAUCACUGGCUCGUCUGCUGAUUUGAAGGAGGAUGUGACUUCCACUUCUAAGGAUAACUCGGCUGAAAAGGCUAAGGAAAAAAUGGAAAGCCGUAGUGAAAUGACAGACAACACAGAAGGCUGUAAAUUUGCAAAAGACCUUCCAUCUUUCCUUGUUCCAAGUUUUCCACAUUCUCCGGGUAAAGAAUCACCCCAGCCAGAACCUCCUAGUGCUCUGGAAAGUCAGCAGAAUAACAGCACCAAAAAAGUGGAUAAACCAGCACCCAAUGGAGAAGAAAAUGUUUCUCCUUUUGGGAUAAAGUUACGAAGAACAAACUACUCUUUGCGUUUCCAUUAUGAUCAGCAGGCAGAGCAGAGGAAAAAGAAAAGGUACAGUGCAGGAGAUAGUUUUGAUGGUGUGCCCGACCCCCUGGUUACAGCUGAAGGUGAGAAAGAAUCCUCUGUUUUUGCUCCACAAGAGAGUACCUCCCCUGGCACAGGGAGAACGAACGUCCCUGGUAAUGUCAAAGACUCAAAAGACUCUUCGGUUACUGUGGUGGAAAUUUCACAACCAACAGGCACACCAGUGGUCCCCCCAGCCCCCGUCCAGAGUGCUCUAACCCCUCGUGAGAAACCCAUGUCCAAGUCACCAGUCCCACAGAAACCUGCUUUAGCUCCAAAGCCCGCCAGCCAGACCCCACCGUCAUCUCCUCUCUCUAAAAUGAACAGAUCAAACCUAGCUGAUAUGCUGGGGCAGAGGCUGGUUAAAGCCGAAUCAGAAUGUGGCUGGAGAAAAGAAGAGAGAGCAAGUGCAGUGCACCCUGCACCAUCCAGUGAAUACAAAAAUGAAGAGGAGGAAGUCAGAGAAAAGAAGUCUUUUUUCCCAUCUUUAAGUAUUCCAUGGAGAGAAAAAAAUGAGAAGAAGCCCGAGCCAUUAAAGAAAGAAAAGCCCGUCCUCCAGAGCAGGCACUCUUUAGAUGGCUCGAAGUUGAUGGAAAAAGUUGAAGCUUCCCAGCCGCUUUGGAUUACGUUAGCACUGCAAAAGCAGAAGGGGUUCCGUGAGCAGCAAGCUACGAGGGAAGAGAGGAGGCAGGCCAGAGAGGCGAAGCAAGCAGAGAGGCUGGCUAAAGAAAAUGUUGCUGUAAGCAAUCAGUCAGAUAAUAAAGGUAGCAGCAGCAAACCAAGCACAUUGCAGAAAUCUACAACUCAAGAAGGGGAGAAGAAAAUUGAGACUUCUGUGUCAAGACUAGAGAGAAGAGAGCAACUAAAAAAGUCAAACACCCUUCCAACUUCUGUGACAGUGGAAAUUUCGGAUUCUGUUCCAACAACCCCGCUGGCAAAGGAGGUGGCCAAGAGAUUCUCCACACCUGAUGCUAACCCUGUGUCAACAGAACCUGCCUGGCUUGCGUUAGCCAAGAGGAAAGCAAAAGCCUGGAGUGACUGUCCACAGAUCAUCAAGUAAACUGUACAAUUACAUCUCUGUUGCUGACUAUUAAUUGCUUUCUUUUUAUUUAUUCAGCUUUUUACACAUGGCAAAAGUGAAAGUGCAUGUAUUGAAGGACCGAAAACUGAACUGACUACCAUUUUGCUCUAGCUCACUGUAAAGUCUACUCAAGUCAUAUAUUCCAUUGCUUUGACAAAAUAGCUAAGUAAGGUCA